UAUGUACUUAGAAACUUUAACGCACAAUUCAAAAUAUAAUAUAUAAAUAUUUAACAUUUUAAAUUUAAAAGGACACUAUAGACAUCCGUACGCUUCAGCUCAUUGAAGUUCUCUGGGUGCAAUGUCCCUGUCCCCCUCUCCCUUAGUUUUUCAAUGUUAAAGGUGCACUAUAGGAUCAGGAACACAAACAUUUAUUCUUGACCCUAUAGGGUUAAAAACACCAUCUAGCCACCCUAGGCCCAUCAUGCCUCACUAAAUAUAGUAAAAUCUUACUUGUAUUCAAGUCUGGCCGCUUCCUAUGUCCCGGUUUCAUUAAGACCUUCCUGCUGACAGCAUAAGUGGUAGCCUGAUCCAAUCACAAUGCUUCCCCAUAGGAUUGUCUGAGACUGACAAAGAGGCAGAUCUGGGGCAGAGCCAGCACAAUUCAAACACAGCCAUGGCCAAUCAGCAUCUCCUCGCAGAGGUGAAUUGAAUCAAUUCAUCUCUAUGCGGAAAGUUCAGUGUCUGCAUGUUUGGAUGCAUUUUAGGCAGACGUGACUCAGGAAGGGUCUCUUAACUUCACUGGCCACUCCUUAGAUGGCUGUUAUCACUAGGCUGUAAUUUAAACACUGCAUUUUAUCUGAAAAGACAGUGCUUACAACAAAAAGCCUUAAUGGAAUGAUUCUACUCACCAGAACAAAUUCAAUAAGCUGUAGUUGUUCUGGUGACUAUAGUUUCCCUUUAAUCAUUGUACUCACAUGUACUUAUCCAAUUAAGUUUGUGAAUGAAUUUUAUCUAUGUGUGUGAAACCUAUUCCUAGAUCCGAGCUGCUCAACAUUGUCCUUACCUCAGGGUUUUGUGUUUGACCUAUAGCUGGUGUGAAAGCCUCUACUCUAUUAAAUUGUCCGUUAAUCUUUACCAGUUCAGAGUUAAAUGGACACUAUAGUCACCCAGACCACUUCAGCUCGAUGAAGUGGUCUGGGUGCCAGGUCCCUCCGGUUUUAACCCUUCAGAUGCAAACAUGUUUGCAUUUGGGGUUAAGCCAGCCUCUAGUGGCUGUCUUCCGGACAGCCACUAGAGGCGCAUCUGCAACGCUGGAGGCAUAUUAUGCCUCAAUCGCGCAGAGCGUCCAUAGGAAAGUCGGGGGGAGAGUUCACCAGCGCAGAGGGAGCCCGGCGCUGGAAUAAGGUAAGCUGCUGAAAUGGUUUUCACCCCUUCAGCGACACGGGGGGUGGUGAUCCUUUAAGAACGCUUUGCUGUUUGUAUUAUCAAAUAGUACUGCGUGUUUGUGCAGUUUGUAAAGCCCUUCUCAUUGACUAUUGUGUUGGUUUAUCUUGUGGUUUUGAUUGCAAACUCAAACCUUGAUGAUCGCAAAGGGAACACUCCAAAAGUAGUGUAUAGAAUCCAGGAGCUGACUUGUGAUGGCUCAAAUAUGGUAGUGCAAAAUUACUAAAGGUUAAUAGUACACUGAAAUAACAAUAAAAUAGUGUACUGUGCCUUUAAGGAAUAAAAUAAGUCAGAAAUUAAAAAGCAGAUGAAGAUAAAGAGAAAAGGAGUAAAAUAGCAUAAAAGAGGAAAAAAGCGGUGUCGAUGAAUACAAAUAGAUAAAUAAAAACAAAUUCAAAAGUAAAAAUUUUUACAAAAUAGUAGAUAAUGAUAAAUCCGUAUACAGCAAAUAUAUGUGCAGUGCAAGUAUCUCUAUUCCUGAUCCAAUACAGCAGUGGUAGUCAACCUUUUUCUACCUACUCCCACUAAUGCAUCUUUCUUGAUGGAAAAAUUUCCUUACCGCCCACCAGUUUUCACGCAAGUGCAGAAUAUUUUUUUUUAGAAAGGAGGGUGUUUUACAAAAAAUGUACGUACAUUUAUCUUUUUAUUUCUAUUUAAUGCAUGUUUAGAAUGUUUUUAACUUUAUAAAGUUUAAUUGGAAAACAAUAAAGUAAAUUAAAAUUACCUUUACUAGUGAUUAAUGAGAUCCUUGAGCUGAUGCUACAAGACUAAAUAUUUGAUAUCUGGUUCGAUUUUCGUAAGGAACAAACAAAGGUCUCCUCUUUCGGUGAUAUUCAGACGACUUCUCUGUUUGCGCAUAAUAUGAUUUCUCAUCUGUGUGUCAGCUCAUCUCAUCUCCCUCCUCAAUUCCCCUCCCCACCUUUUUAUCCCUUUUUUCUAUUAUUUAACCUUCCUUAUAGCAAUGACCAGUAGGAAAGCUUAGCUAGGUAGCCCACUUACUAUAGCCCACUAUAACAGACAGACACGCACACACACGCACACACAACACACAAAGACAAGACAUACAUACACACACAACACACAGACAAGACAUACAUACACACACAACACACAAAGACAAGACAUACAUAUACACACACAACACACCAAGACAAGACAUACAUAUACACACACAACACACCAAGACAAGACAUACAUAUACACACACAACACACCAAGACAUACAUAUAUACACACACAACACACCAAGACAUACAUAUACACACACAACACACCAAGACAUACAUAUACACACACAACACACCAAGACAAGACAUACAUAUACACACACAACACACCAAGACAAGACUUACAUAUACACACACAACACACCAAGACAAGACUUACAUAUACACACACAACACACCAAGACAAGACUUACAUAUACACACACAACACACCAAGACAAGACUUACAUAUACACACACAACACACCAAGACUUACAUAUACACACACAACACACCAAGACAUACAUAUACACACACAACACACCAAGACAUACAUAUACACACACUUAUACAGAUACACACACAAAAUAUUUUAGUCACCCUCCUGUUUCCUACCUUUUAGGUGCAGAAGGGUGACUUUCCCUGGGGUCUAGUGGUGGUUUAGGUGCAUGGGAGUCAGAGUUCCUACUCUGACUCCCUGGUCUUCCUCCCGCGCGGUCUGUUUGUUUGCUGGGAGGAGUGACGCGCAGUCACUUCCUCCCAGCGUGUGAUGCAGUAACAGCGCGACCGGGCCCCCUGUCAAUCCACAUCCAUCGGGUGGCCCUGACAGCAUGGGCCACACGAUGGACCCCUUGGACGGCAGCCCCGGCAGUUUGCCACGUGGGCCGGGGCCGCAAAUGGUGACGGCGGUACCCGGUCGCAGGUGUACCGCCGGCUCGCGCUCGCCCUCCCGCCGACCCAAUCUCUGAAAUCCAUACCGCCCACCUGGAAUCCUGAAACGCCCACUAGUUGGCGGUAGGGAUCAGGUUGACGACCCAUGCAAAACAGGGUAGGUGAUGCUUGCGCCAAAUAAUAUACUUUGUAGUUGACAAAGAUAAAAAAUAUAAUGUAGCAAUGCAGUAAAGGGAACUGUAUGCUAGGGCAAUACAAACAAUGUAUCGCUAUGAAUUGAAAGCAAUGGUGAGAACUGGAUAAAAAAAAGUUUAUUUAGACAAAAUAUUAAGUGAUAAAAAAUAGCGGCACAGUGUUAGUCAGACUCCCUCUCCUCUGUGUGUUACACUAGGUAUACCAGAACUGUCUAUCUUCAAACCUCGAUGAAUUCUGUGGCCAUUUUGUCUCAAGCUGUCCGUGUGUCCUAUGCAACUAAUUUACUCAACAUUUUUUAGUUCAUUAGGAACAAACUGAUGACUAUUCUGUUGUCUUCCUAGAUUUCUGCAGUUUGGUUGAUAACUGAACAUUUGAUUUAUUAGCUGAAACAGCUUGAGCUCUGUGACAUUUAGAUUUUUUUUUUUUCCUUUAAUGAGACUAAAUCCACAAAUACAGUCUCUUCCAACUCCUCUGCAGCUUUGUGCAGGCAUUCACAGUACAGAAGAUUAAAAUAAGAAGCUCAUUGCAGUGUAAUGUUGUAGCUUAUGUGCCUCUGAUUUAUUAUAUAAACGUGCCUCUCUUCACAGGUUGCGCACAAGAACAGUGAAUUUACUCGCCUUUUUCUGAGAGUUAUGACCAGGAACUGAAGUUUCUGUCUUUCUGUUACCGUAAAGAAGAACAGAUGAUUCCCAUAUGCCCAGUAGUUUCCUUCACCUAUGGUAAGUCUCUGGACAUUUGUCAACUAAGCCUAAUGGUAAAGAUAAAACAUUUUUAAAAAUGUCUUACUUGGUUGUGUUGGGUAUUGUAUAAGAUGCUGUUGUAUACAUUAUUUAGAUAUGUUGUGCAUAGCAUUCUGGAACUGUGACCAAAGAAAUAUGUAAGGGGGUGCACAACUCUCUGAACAUCACAGACUUAAAGUAAAUCUACAUUUAAUGUGUUUCCUUGACAUUUUGCUUGUAAAAUAUGUAUAGGUUAUUUUGUAUAAAUUGUCUUGGGCUCUGCUUUAAGUGGCUCUGUCACCGUCUGUGGUCUUUGCAUUUUAUUAUAAGAUCCCGGUGGUGACUGCUUUGUUUGUUGUCCGGGGGCUGAGUUGUACAGAGGAAGGUGAGUUUUACUUGCCUAGCUCUGUGCCUUACAGCUGUCGCAAUGGUAUUCCUGCCAGUUCUCUUCAGCUCCUUGCGCUUCAUCUGCCAGGAGCUCACUAAAGUGUUAUACUGUUUUGCAUACAUGAGAGUAUGACACUGAUGUCUAUAGAGAAGACAGUGAGAUCCUCCAUGGAUGGUGCCCUUUUCACUACAGCUGUCAGUAGUGACAGCUUGUCGAAAUGACAAAACUUGAUGGCAGUGUGUGCAAGGCAAGAUGGAUUCUUUGAAGUAUCAGGAAAUCCUAGAAGAAAACAUCAGGCAGACUGUGAGGAAGCUAAAACUUGGGCAUCAUUGGACCUUUCAACAACACAGUGAUCCCAAGCACACCUCAUAUUCCACCAUGGCUUGGUUUUAGAAGAAGUCCUGCAAAAUGCCUCAGUAACGCAGCCAGAAGCUGGUGUCUGGAUAUGCAUCUUGUUUGCAGCCGGUCAUAACAGCAAAAUGGUGCUCUACGAAGUAUUAAAGAUGUUUUCCAUGAAGGGGUUGAAUAAUUUUGAGACUAGAGAAGUCAUUAUAAGUUUCUUUUUCUGUGGAAUUUGAGGAAACCAAUUAAAGCAUUUUCGUGUUGAACUAUUUCAAUUGCUUUUGAUUUGUUCAUUGCAAACAGAUCAAAGUCUGCACAUUUUGACAAUAAGUUUGAUUUUUUUAAAAAAAAAUUUUUUUUAAUGGGGGUUGAAUAAUUUUGAUUACAACUGUAUAAGGCGCUGUUGUCAUGUGGUGCACUGUAAAGCAAUGUAUUUUGGAGAAGUUUGUACAAUUGAUAAACCUAAUUGUUUUCUUUUUCAACAUUUAACACACAGUGCCAAGCCGGCUUGGUGAAGAGGCCAAGAUGGCUACUGGCAACUACUUUGGAUUUGCCCAUGGUGGAGCUGCUCAGUAUAGGUAAUGAUGCCUUCUGUAUGAUUUUAAAUCAAUAAUAUUUUGCUGUACAAAUACAUUGCAAACAAGAUCACUAGCCCAGUAUUUUGUUGCUGAAGCAAGGGGAACAUGUUUGCUAAAAAAAAAAAAAAAGUGAUAAUAGAAGUGUAUGAACAUAAAUUUAUAUUCUUUGUGUUCAACUUCUAUAUCAUUACACUUCUAAGUGGAGUUUCCACUUAUUUUUCUGUAUUUAUAUAUUGAGUUGAUAGUGCUUUAAAUAGAAAAAAAAGUUUCUUCACAAAGUCCACAUAAUGGAUCAAUAUCUCAGACUGUGAGGUCUGUUAAAUAGACACCUUUGGUAUAGGAAAUCGCCACGAUCUUCUAACCCGGGUCUUCACAUGGAUUUCUGUAGGGUAACUGUUCUCCGUUACAUCACUGUACUUAUGUGACAAACAAUUUUGAGGAUGUAAAAUAUUUUUGGAAUUUUGGAAAGGACAAGUGAUGCGUCUGACCAAAGAAGACUAAAAAUGGUUGUCCCCACAGAUAAAAUUUAACCAGAAGAUGCACAUAUUUAGCUAUGUCCAUUACAAAAUAAGAGGCAGUAGUUGUGCUUUAUGCAACCUUUUAUUUUUAGUAAUGCUAACAUAUAGUGUCUAAUUUCCUUUAAAAAUUGAUUGUGCAAAUUAGUUGGCCACCACCUUACAUUCUCUUGCAUGAGUGGAUUUCAGUCACAUACUUAUGCUCUUGUACAACUUCUUUCCAGUAGAAAGCUUAGAGACCAAUGUAUUCCUGUAAACACUUGCAUAUUAUGGUGUGCAUGUAAAACAUUUUUUUCUUUCCUCUUGCAUAAUGCUGCUUUCCUGUACCUUUCCUUUGAGGAUUCCAGUUCUAACACUUGAUUGCUAAGAGCCUUUUUUCAGGGAUACUAUAGACACCCAGACCCUCAUCUCAUUGAAGAGGUCAUGUUACUAUGCCCCUGUCCCCCUUCAGCAAUGUAAAAUAAAUUGCAGUAUUUAAGAAACUGCAUUGUAGUACUAAAACUACCUCUUAUGGCUAUAUCCCAGGUUGCCACUUGAGGCGCUCUUGGGGACUCAUGGAGUUUUUCUUUACUCUGAAUGAGGAUGUCCAGUGUCGAAGAUAACGUCAUAGGAAAGCAUUGAGGCAAUACUUUCCUAUGUGGAAGGCCUAAUGUGUGCGGCAUUCGCACCACAUGUGCAUUAGGUUUCCCUCAUUGGAUGACGUCUGACAAAGCAGAGUGUGAACUAGUGCCGAGGCACAGUGGCGCUCGAUUAGAGUAAUUUUUUUUUUAUAUAUAUAUAUUAAUCCUUUAUAUGCUGCGAGGGAGUUUGGAUCCAGAGUGCACUAUAGUGUUAUGAAUAGUAGUUUGUAUUCCUAACACUUUAGUUUUCCUUUAACAUUGUUUACUAUAAACAUAUUUUUCCUCAGAGCCACAUUUAUUCAUACAAGCUUGUAAUCUGAUGUAAUUUAUGCAGGGAUUUCCACAUGCUGCCUAGUACAUAAGUGCUCAGACUUAAAUCCAUUUUUGAAUCUCUCAAACAAUCAAGCACAGACUAGAUCACACUGUUAGUUGUGGCUGCAUAAGGGUUCAUGUGUAGGGAGCAUUUAUCAACAUGUGUGACACUUGCACUAAAUUCCAUAAAUAUGCAAUUUGGUAGUCAAGUGCAAUGGCCUAAUGAAAUCUGCUUACUUUUAUGAUCUGUUAAAAUUUCCUCUAUUGUUUUAAAUAUAUUUCUAUUCUAAAUAUUUCAAGGGGUUUCUUUUUGUUUGAUAUAUAUCUGUGAUUAAUUUUACCCAAAGCAUUGCAUAAAAUGAUAGAAAAGGCAAUUUUGUUUUUAUGUUGUGCAAGAAAAUAAACAUUUUCUAUAAAUAUAUGUAUGAAGUCAGUCUCUCUAUUGUCAAACAAUUCCUGCAAAGAGGGCAUGGCUUAACGUUCUUUAAGCUGGCAAUUCAGUGGCAAAGAAUCUUUGUCAAGGGGGCUCUGCUUCACUGUUACUUCAGUCAAAUAAGUCCAUGGUUUUUGUUUUUAAAAGAUGUCUCCCAUGGGUGCCUAGUAUGUCUGUCUUUUUGUAUAAUUGUCUCCAUGAAGUAUUUAUGGGAUAUUAAUUCUCCUAACUUCAAACAAGUCUACCCAAGGUUGGCCAAAUACCAGCAGGAUUUUCACUAAACUGUAAAAUGUUGAAUAGUUUUCCCAGCUUGGCUGUUUUGGACUAAUAUUUGCUAUAUCAUAGUGAACCCCAAGUCAGUUUCUAGCUCAACUAAUUUGCCCUAAAAUUUGCAAUUCCUUAAUUUAUAACCAUUCAUUAAGGUUAAGUUACUCUACUAAUACUACAAAUCGCCACAGUUAAUUCACUGUUGAAAAAUUAGUACCUAACUAGUCUCCUUAUUUGCUGGCUUGAAGCUAUCAUUUCAGAUAUGAUCUUUGAUCUUGCUGCUUGUCUAUGACUUUCAACCUCAUUUGUUCUAAAUUAUUUCAUAUUUGUAGCCAACAGCCAGCAUCUGGGAUGGCUUAUUCACAUCCAACUACAGUGGCAAGCUAUACAGUCCACCAGGCUCCAGUAGCUGCUCACACGGUUACUGCAGCCUAUGCUCCUGCAGCUGCCACUGUUGCCGUCGCUCGUCCUGCACCAGUUGCUGUUGCAGCUGCUGCUACAGCCGCUUAUGGUGGAUAUCCAACUGCUCAUUCUGCCACAGACUAUGGAUAUACUCAGAGGCAGCAGGAAGCUCCACCUCCACCUCCACCAGUCACAACUCAAAAUUAUCAGGUAAGCUUUGGAAUAAAUUAUAUAAUUCCACUUAAUUAUGUGCAUCCCAUUGGUACAGUCACAGAUUGUACACAACAUUUACUUAAUAGUACACCCCAGUCUUCCAAGAUACAUAUCAAAACUCCAGGCUAUUAUUUAUAUUAUGUGUGUUCAUUUUUUUUAUUUCUUCUCCUGCCCUUCAGCAUGCAUGAUUUUCUUUUUGCAUCAUCCGUAUAGCUAUAUGUGGUGUCAUUUAGUUGUAUUAUCAUAAGUGUCUGUCUUGUGCAACUGUUGUGUACAUGCUCAUCUUCAAGCUUCAUUCAUUGGAAAUACAAUGAACCAACCCUCAUUCUAGCGAACAUAAACCACAUGACAUUAAUUAUGUUUCUAAGAAAUUGGUGUGUGGAACUGCACUAUGUUUCUGGCUGUUAUGAAUGAAAGUAAUUGCACAAUGCCUUGAUAAAGUAUUGCUUACUUACAGGAAAUCUCCAAACCCAUAAAGCACCUCAACUUGCUGAAGUCUGUCAUAUUUCUGACCAUUUAGUUCUGAUUUCAAUGUAAAUCUGCAUUUUUUUCUUGAGAGGGUGUGGCUAGAGAGAGGCACUUCUGGUACAUCAUUCUGGAAACCAAUGUUUUUUUUUUUUUUUUUGAAAGUAUAAAGAUUUAAAGGGACUCUCCAGUGCCAGGAAAGCAAUCAGUUUUCCUGGCACUGCAGGUCCCCCUCUCCCUCUCACCUCCCAAUCCCCGGUUGUUGAAGGGGUGAAGAACCCUUCAGUCACUUACCUGAGAUCACCACCGAUGUCCUUCGGCGGUGGUUUUGCUCGCCGCUGCUGCUCCUCUACAUUACAUCGGCUGGUGGGCGAGACUGACCCAGCCCGAUGGCCAGGGAGACCUAAUGCGCAUGCGCGGCAGUGCCGCGCAUGAGCAUUACAGCUCCUGAUAUGGGGAAUUAAGCGACGCUGGAGGUCCUCACGCAGACAGCCACUAGAGGUGGAGUUAACCCUGCAAGGUAAUUAUUGCAGUUUAUUUAAAAACACAGCGUAUUAAAUUAACAAUCCAGGUCUCCCCUCCCCAUGUCCCCAUUGGAAGUAGUCGAACAAUAGUAGAAUGGAUUGACUUCUUACUUUGAGACUGCCGAAAGCUCUGUCUGAACUGUGCCGAAUAGGGCUAAGCUCAUUGGCUGAGAGUAUUCUGCUGAUGUUGUAUCGCUUAGAUUAGAAGAGCUAACAAAAAGCCGUGAAGGUGGGAAGCCAAAACCUAUCAAAUGCAUUACAUUUCAGUACAUCUUCCAUUUUUAGUUUGCAGUGAAGUAAUCAUGUUUUGCUAAUAUAAGCUAAUUUAAGAAUUCUGUCCAAAGUUGUUGAUACUGUACUACACCCUUCUGUGCAAAGGAUAUAAUUAGAUACUCCAUUUGCAGAAUGUAGAAAGAACAUGGCAGGUUUAAAGGACCACUAUAGGCACCCAGACCACUUCAGCUCAAUGAAGUGGUCUGGAUGCCAAGUCCCUCUAGUUUUAACCCUGCAGCUGAAAACAGCAGUUUCAGAGAAACUGCUAUGUUUCACUGAGGGAUAAUCCAGCCUCUAGUGGCUGUCUCACUGACAGCCACUAGAGGCGCUUCCGCGAUUCUCACUGUGAAAAUCACAGUGAGAAGAUGCUGGACGUCCAUAGGAAAGCAUUGAGUAAUGCUUUCCUAUGGGCAGCUUGAAUGAGCGCGUUGCUCUUGCCGUGCAUGCGCAUUCGGAUCUGACGUCGGCAGGGGGUAGUGUUCCCCGGCGCUGGAGAAAGAUAAGUGGCUGAAGGGUUUUACCCCUUCAGCCCAGCAGGAGGGGGACACUGAGGUUGGGUGGGACCUAAUGACCCUAUAGUGCCAGGAAAACGAGUUUGUUUUCCUGGCACUAUAGUGGUCCUUUAAUGUUAAAGGAACACUAUAUGCACCCAGGCAACUAAAUCUCAUUGAAGUGUUUCUUUACCCCUACGAUGUCAAACCUUACAGUUUUCGCAAAGAGCUUAGACAGCCUCCAGUGGUUUGACUAGUUCCAUCUAGUUUGACUCCGUGAAAUGACUCUGGAUGUCCUCAUGUUGGGGGGGAAAAACCCCAUAGGAAAACACCUCAGUCGGGGAAAGGCUUAGCAUGCGUGCAGGGAAUUAGGUUCCCACUUCGGUGGAGAAGUCCAACCUAGCACUGGAAUCAGGAUAGUGAAAGGGUGUUUUUUUUUGUUUUUUUUUCUUACAUUGCUGGGCGAGGGCAGAGGGUUACUAUAGUGUAUAAAUAUGAUGAGUUUGUUGGAACGAAUUGAGUGAAUUUGGUUUGCAUCUAACCACUGUGUUUGUGUGAACCAUUCUACUUCUGGUUGACUGAAUAUCUGUCUGAGCGUGCUGGUCAGCAAUACAUUAAGGAAUCACCUGAGAAAAACGCCCAACACAUUGUUACAGUAGUAAUUUGGUAUUGUAACUAAUUAAUCUCUCCUUGUGUUUGUCUAGGAUUCAUAUUCUUAUGUCCGCUCCACUGCUCCUGCUGUAGCUUACGACAGCAAGCAGUAUUACCAGCAACCUGCUGCAGCAGCAGCUGCUGCUGUUGCCGCCCAGCAACAACCAUCUGUGGCGGAAUCCUACUAUCAGACAGGUAUGUAGCAAUUUUUUCUUUAUGUAAAUUACUAAACUAUUAUAGGCAUGUUUUAGUAUGUUCUUAUGAACUGCUCUGUUAACUACUUUAACUCAUAGCUAUUGCUUAUCAUGAUACCUGAUUAUUUAACAGUUGUUUUCGAAAUGUUUGUUAUAAAAAGGCUUUUCACCAAAGCAGCUGUUGGCUGUGUAUUUCUUUAUGAUCAUCAUGGGAAACCUGGUUACAAUAGCAUACUAAGUGUACCACUAAAGGGACACAAAAAUGGAAUUUCCUUCAAAGUAAAAAGAGCACAAAAAUUAUUUAUAGAUGAACGUUUAUUCAGAUUUCUACUAAACAAAAAUAAAUCAUAAUUAGGUGAGAUAAAAAAACAUUAAGUGGGGGGUGGACACACAAACUAAUUAAGGGAAUGCAUUAAUUAGAGUUUUUAGAUCCGAAGUAGCAGAGAAAUAAAGAAAUACAGCUAAUCGCAUUAAAUUAGCACUGUAGUGUCAGGAAUACAAGCAUGUGAAUGUUACUUUGACACGUACCACCUGCCUCGAGAGUGUUGCAGACCACCUACAUCUCUUCUUGGCAAUGGUGUUGCCUGAUGGCAAUGUCCUCUUUCAGCAGGAUAAUGCAUCCUGCCAUACUGCAAAAUUUGUUCAUGAAUGUUUUGAGGAACAUGACAGAGUUCAAGGUGUAGCUUUGUCCUCCAAAUUUCCCAGAUCUCACAAAAAGAUCAAUGGGGGGGCCCCACCUCACAACCUGCAGAACUUACAGGAUGUACUGCUUAUAUCUUGGUGACAGAUACCACAGGGCAUGCUCAGAGGUCUUGUGAAGUCCAUGCCUCGACACAUCAGAGCUGUUUGUCAGUAAGAAUGGGAGCAACACUAUAUUAAGUGGCUGAUCAGUGUGUGUGUACACACAGCUAAAUAUUUCCUCUAUAUAUGGCGUGUGACAGUUUGCUAUAUAAGCUCAAAAGCUCUGGGGAAAACACUCUCAAGAUGCUGAUCAUUGAGGCUGUCAAUGCUGCAAACUGCUAAACAUUCUAAGUGAAAUGUAACUAAACACUGGACUUUGCCCAUGUAUCCGUAAAUUGUUUUAUCAAUAAUGCAUGGUUUGGAUUCCUAUUACAAAGUAUGAAUUAAACAUUAUAAUCAACAAUAUAUUAUCCUUGCCUUACUGGGGCUCCCCAUUUGGCAAAAGGGGACAAGCCACCAUUUGGAAAUAAAUCCCUUGCUCAUACUCGUGUGCUUGUCUUGAAGUAUUAAGUUUGAGAGUAUGGAUAAUGUAAUGUAUGCUCAGUCACUUCAAUUGAGUGAUAGUGAUUAAUUGUAGAGUAGCUUCAUCGGAACACUCAUACAAGUCCAUAGAGCAACAAGACUUCACUAUGUUCAGUCAGUGGAGAAGUGUAUGCACAUCUAAUGCACUUGCACAUUUCGUCAUAAACCUGCUUUCCGAAGGUGUAGUCACAAUAGACAGGGUAGGGGAUUUUGGGAAACAUCCAUAUUAUUUUAAAUGUUUAAUUUUAUCUUAAGAGUAAUACCAUGUCAUGCUUUCUGCCAAAAAAAAAUAGUACAGUUAAAGCCUGGUUAUAAUCAUCAAUAUUCCUGUAACCUUUCUGAAAUUUAUAUAUCUCACGUUUUGGAAUGUUAAGUGUUCGUGUUAGCGUGAGGUUUAUACAGAUUUUCUUAUAAAUAACCAUUUUCUUUUUUUUCAAUAGUGUGGAGCUGCAGAAUAUGUGUAGAGCCUGUUAAGAAUAGAAAUUGAAUAACCAUUACCUAAAAUUCUGUAACUAAAUCCUGUUGUUUUCUACAACAUAUCUUUUUUUCCUCUUGUGUACCAGCUCCUUUCGCCUUGUCUCUUCCAGUUGCCCCCAAGGCUGGUUACAGCCAGGGAGCUGCACAGUACACACAGGCUCAACAGACACGACAAGUGACGGCAAUCAAACCUGCUAAUCCCAGCCCUGCAACAACUACUUUCUCUAUAUACCCUGUUUCCUCCACUGUGCAGCCUGUUGCAGCUGCAGCCACUGUAGUUCCUUCUUACACACAGAGUGCCACCUACAGUACAACUGCUGUUACAUACUCUGGUAAGCUCUUUUGCUUAUUUCAUUGGGGGGCGGUGGGUUUAUUUUUAUUUUUUGUGUGUGUGCAUUAAAUAUAUUUAAUUAGGUGUUUUAUAUAUAUACUAAAUAUACUAAAUAUUUAAAAAUGCAAAAUGAUCCUUAUUCAUAAAGCGCAAUAACUUAUAAGCAAACUUUCAGAAUGCUAAUGACCACAAGACAUAUUUUUCCUAACUAAAUCCUGGCUAGUAGUGUAGGAACCCCCCCGAGCCAAGCCAUGCAGUGUUAAGAUUUAAAUCUUAGUAGUGUCUACCAUGAGAAGGCUGCUUUUAUUAAUGAUCACAAUGUAAGUACAAAUGUAAACUUUGUUUUGUGUGUUUUUCCUUAGGUGCAACAUACUCUGGGUAUGAGGCAGCAGUAUAUUCAGCUGCAUCAUCUUACUAUCAGCAGCAGCAACAGCAGCAAAAGCAAGCAGCUGCUGUGGCAGCAGCUGCAGCUACCGCUGCAUGGACAGGGACCAAUUUUACAAAAAAAGCUCCAUUUCAGAAUAAACAACUAAAGCCAAAACAACCUCCCAAACCACCUCAGAUCCACUACUGUGAUGUGUGUAAGAUCAGCUGUGCUGGACCUCAGGUAUACUGCUUGUUAUAUUGUGCAAUGUUCAUUGACUAUUUUGCAAAUUAAGUGUAUAUGUCAGGAAGUGUUUGAAAAGCAGAUUAGUCAUAUGUGUGUAUGUUAACACAACAAAAAUAAAGCACUGCGCUUACAGCAGCAGUGGCUUCGUAUCUAACAGCUCAAAAUACAUAGUAAAAACAUACCUAUGUACAUUUACACGAAAUGGAGGCUCCUUGAAAUGGAGGCUAGUUUUAUUCCAAUGGGCAUUUUAAUAUAAGCUCACAUGCCACGUCAAGACAAGCCUCAAAAGGUGAGUCCUACACUAGCCAUUAGAUUUGCUGAUAUCAGCCAAGAAUCUCCAGUAAGACAGGAAGAGGUAUUUUAUAAACACUUUCACAUUUAACCCUUUAUAGGCUUCCACACUGCUGGUAUCAGACAAAGGUAAACGUAUCUGAGACAUGAAGGGGUGUUUUAUAAACCCCUUCAUACUUAUUUACCCUAAAUAGGGCUAUAACACAUACAAAUCACCUUGCUGGUAUCAGCUAGAAAGCAAAUUUCUCUGAGAUAAGUGUGUAUAUAAAAUAAAACAUGUAAGACUUUGACCUUGUUUGUUAUAAAUGUUAAUUGAAUACAGUAAUAGUUUUUAGCAUGAUUUUUCCACUCUGCAGUUGUAAAGCCAAAUUUUAAAUUGCUCCAAUUUGAAUAUUUGUGUUUUCUUGAGCUUUGACCAUAGUAGAGGUGUAUUUGUCUGUAGCUGAGCUGAAGUUUUUGGUUUUUUUUUCUGCAUUUCACUGUUUAGUGAACAGACUUAGGUGGCAACUGUGUGUUAAUAGGGAAAAUAUUCACUAAACACACACACUCUGCAUUCAUUAUAUACACACUGCACAAACACGCACACUCUGCAUUCAUUACACACACAUAUUCUUAAACAUAAAUUCUAACAGGCAUGUAUAUUUUGUUCAUUUACUUAAUAAAAAAAAUUUGCAAAAAUAAACAUGUUCAGUUAACAGUAGAUUUGUGUAGAAAUAUUUUUUUAUUUUUAUUUUUUUUUUAAAUGGUAAAUGUACAGAAUAUCGGUAAGUUAUCGGCCUGAAAAUUCAGAUUAUCGGUAUCGUUUUUAAAAAAAAUCCAUAUCGGUUGAUCCAUACACCAAAUUACAACUUUUUUACUUUUUAGGUAUUAUAUAAUAUGACAUACAUAUAUGAUCAAUAUUCUAGCUCUUUUCCCCACCUAUCUUAUGAUAGCAAUUUUUAUAAGCCUGCAUGUAAAAAAAAAAAAAAACAUAGCCACAAUCACCAUAUUUUUUAUUUUUUUUUCCUUCUUCCCAGACCUACAAGGAACAUUUGGAAGGGCAGAAACACAAGAAAAAGGAAGCAGCUUUAAAGGCUUCUCAGAAUACAAGCAACAGUAGUACAGCAGUCCGUGGCACCCAAAACCAGCUACGAUGUGAGCUCUGUGAUGUUUCUUGCACAGGGGCAGAUGCAUACGCUGCUCACAUCAGAGGAGCUAAGCACCAGAAGGUAUGUUCUGCUCUGUGAGCAUUGGAUCUGCAUGUAAUAUUUCUAUGCAUCCUCGAUUUUAUAUUUAUCAAAUCUAAUAAAUGGUCCACAAUGUAAAAUGCUUGAAUUGUGUGUGGGAAGCUUGAGGAGCAAUCCAUCUGACUAAUGCUGAAUGUUUCCAAUGAAUACAGCUGGUAUGUGGGCUGAUCAUGCCUUCCUUUGCAUCACAUGAUGGCAUAUUUUUCUAUUUUAUUAAAGUGGGCUUGUUUUUGAAGACUGGCAUUUGGAAAAUCUAGUUUUUAAAGGGCUACUUUUCCCUACAGCACUUCAGCAUCUUUCAUUGAUUUACAAAUUGUGUCACUUGUGAGGGUAAAACUAUUUCUUCCACCGAACAGAUUCCAGGUGCUCCCUGGAUGCUUCAUGGUGAAUCCUAAACCGUCAAAAUCACUUUAUACGGCUCCUACCCAUGGCUGAGAGUCUCUUCUCGUUUUCACUGUAAUCAAUAAGACAGGCUUUGUUUUUGAUCAUAAAAACAAUUUUUCAAUUACGGAGGUAUUCAGGCUAGCUGCUGGUGGUGUAACUCUGCCUCAGGCAGCAGCACUAGUCAGACCAGGAUGAGAAUUUCGAGCUGGCUAAUGUCAAAUCUGUGCAUAUUAGUUGAAUAGAACAGGGUUAGGCAUCAUUCCAGAUGUUUUGGAAUACAUAUCUGCCAUUGCAUGCUUAUAACAAUAGCAAAGAAUCAAGAGAAAUGUGGUCCACAACAUCUGAAGUGCCAAAGGCUGCCUACCCCCAGUGAUGAAUGGCAGGAUCUAUACUCAGCUUCUGGUAUUGAGGGUGGUUGGUGGGACCUAGGUAAUAGGCAGACUGUUCCAAAAUCGUCCAUUCCCUUACUAGGGAAUGGCACCAGGGUAAUCCUGGCAUAACCACAACAGUGAGCAGGGGUGGUUAUGUUGCUCAGAGUAACACUUUAAGGAGCUUGAAAAAAAAAUUAAGCUUAUAUCCUUGUUUGCAGCCCAGAGUGAGAAUAUGCUGUAAAGCAGGCCUGUCCAAUCUGGGGGGCUGCAGGUUGGACAGCCCUGCUGUAAAGACUGUUUCAGUUAUUGAGUGUAACAAUUGUUUGUUUUUGUUUAGGUUGUGAAGCUGCACACAAAACUGGGUAAACCCAUUCCCUCAACUGAACCAAAUGUUGUCAAUCAGUCUGUAACCUCAGCAGCUGUGUCGAAACCAGCAGCCUCAACAGGUGCUACAUCCAGCACAAAUGGCAAUUCCUCUGGCACCACAUCUACUGUGAAACUGCUCACCUCUUCUUCCGGCUCCUCUCUUAGUGCCACAAGCAACAAGAUAUCCAGCCUCUCCUCCAGUAGCAUUGUGAAGAAAGUAACCACGCCAAAAAUAACCUUUGUAGGCAAGUCUGUGUUAGUCUUGUUUACACAUUGGCUAUGUGGGGAUUCAAUACUAGCAUAGUAUGAAGUGAAAUGAAUGUCAGGUCACUUCACAGCAAGUUUUGUUGACUUGCAUAUUUUAUACUGCUCAUAUUUCUGUUGUACUUCACUCAGAAUGUUUGGGACAGUUGGGCACUAAAUGCUAACGGAAACUGUAUUUUUUUUUUUGGCUUUAACCAUGCCUAGCUAUACCAGCAACGGGUAGCCGUGAUGGUCUGAGAGCAUCAGCUGGUAGUCUCAAUCUCAUUGCCACCCAUGACCAGUUGGGUUAAUGCAGAAAUGCUUGACCACUGAACAGUUGGAUGGAACCUGGGGACCCUAGGCACCAUUAACACCUCUCUGAGAUGAAGUUAUUAGGGUUCCUUGUGUCGCUUUUAAUAAAAUGUUAGUCAAAGUGAAAAUUAAUCAAGCUCUGUACAAAUGGUACAGCACAGCAUACAGUGAUGCAGCUUAUAUUGCUAAACUGGAACAUAUUUUACGUUUAUGUCCCAUUAUUAAUAGGUUGACAAUUAUAUCCAGUCAUUCUGUUUUCAGUUUUUAUAAUGAGACCAGAGUAUUUUGUAAUAUUUAUGGCAUGAUUCCAUUUGAUUUAUUAUAAUAAAACCAUUUUGAAAUGGCCAGUGGGUACUUUGUUUGAAACACUUGUAACCUGCCCAUAUUUUAUAUGGUUACUUUACCCAUGAUGACCACUACUGGUCGCUGGAGUGCCAUGGUGCCAUACCCUGGUAAUGGUGCAAACCGUUUUACAACAGUUUGUUCUCUUAUCUGGAUCCCAGUGCACAUCUCCACCCCAAUCAGCGGAGUUAUAACAUCCAGCUGCUGCAAAAGCCAAAUGCUGAUUUUGCUGCUCAUUGUCGUCCGCUGACUGCUCUUAGCCAGUGAAUGAGCAUCUGUGCAUAAAAUAUGCACAGAUUUGCCAUUACCCAGCCCAGAAUGUUUGUCCAGCCUGGGCAAUGAUGCCCUAGUGAUGCAACAAGAGGUGGUUACACCUCUGGCAGUAGAGGGGUUAAAUUGAGUAUGUGCACUAUUUCAUAGCAAAAUGCUGCCCAUGCAGACUUCAGGCAUCGUGCCAAAUUUAGGGAAGUGGUUAUGGUGCUUGGAGUAACCAUGUAAUUGUAGCUUUCUAGAAAUAAACACUUUUGUAAAUCUUUGUAGAUUAUUAUUGAAUUGUAAGUCUUUUAAGGCAAGUACCAUUCUCUUUUAGUACAUUUUUUUGGUUUAAUGUAUUUAGAGAGAUUUAGCAUUCUAAUCCGUAUUUGCCAUUGAUAUCAACUUUUCAUCUGAGCUGCCCAUGAGAUUUUUCAUCUUCACUUUUUCCAUUAUUUAACUUUUUUUUUUCCAUGUAGGUGGCAACAAACUACAGUCAACUGGUAAUAAAAUAGAUGACUGCAAAAUGGCAGAUAACCCUAAGGUAGUUUCUAAUGCUGCAGUGCAGUCACAAGAGGCAAAGAUCGACCCAAUGUCAGAUGCUGCUCAGACUCUUGCUGCUUUGCAAAGUGAUGUACAGCCUGUUGGUCAUGAUUAUGUUGAGGAGGUAAACUUUCUGUUUUUAUUGAUCUUGUCAAAUUCCUUGAUUUCAUGUAACAUUCUUACAUUAGCAGUUACUUAUAAACGUUUUUUGUUUUUUUAUGAGAUCAAGUAAGUUAAAUACAUGAAGUCAGGACGCUCUUAAACCAAGCUCUGUUUUUAUUUUAAUGUCUUGCUAAAAUGUUUUUUUUCCUACAUUAAAAAAAGCUUACUUUACGUAACAUGAUCUUCAAAUUCCACCCAAACGCACUUGUUGUUUUGUGUAAAGCUUAAUGCAAGUUCAUGCAGUGAUCUUAUUCUCAUGACAUUGUCUAUAUUGCUUCAAAGGGUCUCAGCUGUGGGUGCUAUGGAAAGUCCUGCUUUUCAGAAAAAAACAUACAAGAACAGUUUGUCAAAACCAGGGGAUGAUGUCCAUAGAUAUUAAUAAUGAAAAGCACUACAGUACAUGUUACAUAAAUACUAUUUCCUUACAGGUGCGAAAUGAUGAAGGAAAAGUUAUCAGAUUUCACUGCAAACUUUGCGAGUGCAGCUUUAAUGAUCCAAAUGCAAAGGAAAUGCAUUUGAAAGGAAGGAGACAUCGACUGCAAUACAAGGUUAGCUUUAACAAGUCAGAGAUAUAGUUACUUGUUCCUUCAGCCCCAGAUCUUAUUCAGGAUGCUGGCUAGGCAUUACAUGGGUGCGGUAUUGCAUGCUGAUUACUACAUAGCUACAGCCUACUAAGUGAGUCAAAAUACUAAGUUUUUUUAAAGUGAAUCUUGUUUAUCUUGAACAGAAAAAAGUUAAUCCAGAGUUACAAGUUGAAGUAAAGCCUAGCAUUCGCGCUAGGAAGAUUCAGGAGGAGAAAAUGCGCAAACAGAUGCAAAAAGAAGAGUACUGGAGACGACGUGAGGAAGAGGAGCGAUGGAGGAUGGAAAUGAGGUAGUGCCACUGUAACUUACUGCACUGUUUUAAAUGUAAUUCUUUUUCACAAAGUCAUGGCCUCUUAAUUUGCAGGAAAAUAACUUGGAAUAUAUGUUCUUAAUUUUACCAUAUUUUGAUAUCUGCAGUUCCACCAACCGUAACAAAAAGCUAACUAUUUACAGGAAUCCACAUUACAUGGAUCCAUCCCCUUGAAGCUGUUAUUUAUGCACUUUAACUCCUUCACAAUACUUAAUGGACCACUAUAGGCACACAGACCAAUGACCUAAUGAUCCUGUAGUGCCAGGAAAAAGUUUGUUUUCCUGGCACUAUAGUGGUCCUUUAAGGACUGUGUUGUCAUUGUCAGUGCUUUUUCGGCAUUUCUUGUUUGUGCUUGAGCUAGAUGAAAUUGACUCUGCAAAGCAGGCUAAACCUCAUACUUUUCUAUGUUGAUUGGGCGGGUUUAUAGCUAUGGCAAUUGUUACAGAUCUCUGUGGCUACAGUUAUAUACCACUCUUGGCAUUGGAAGUGGAUGUAGUAUACCCCAUAAUGUUUAUGCUGAUACAAAGUAGCUGUUGUGCAUUAAUGACCCUAAAGUUUCCAUAGGAAGCAUAGUUUGUAUAUUCAAAGUGUGGAUGGUUACAGUUGCAUCAAAUACUUGUAACAAGUGCCAAAAUGACCCUUCUGCUAUAGCAAAAAUUAACCUUGGCGUGCUAAAUUCUAUUUCUGCCCCCAGACGCUAUGAAGAAGAUAUGUACUGGCGGCGAAUGGAAGAAGAGCAACAUCACUGGGAUGACCGACGGAGAGGACCAGAUGGAGGUUAUCCACAUGGACCUCCAGGGCCCCCAGGGUUACUGGGAGUUCGACCAGGAAUGCCACCUCAACCUCCGGGACCAGCAGUGAGUUUGCUCUUAAAUACCUCUUUUUACAUAUCCUUUGUUCAAUUUGUUCAAGCUAUAAAGCUUGUAAAAAUGAUAAGCAUUUGCAGGGAAAGCCUAAGCACCAAAACAAUCUUAAAGGGAUACUAUAGACAUCAAAACAACUUUACCUUAAUGAAGCAAUUCUACUGCUCAAUUCUGCAAUUCUCUACCAUCUAGGAGUUGAAUCGCUUUUGUUUCUGUCCUUGCAGCAAUAGCCAUAUCUCCUUUGGCUGUUACUCACACAACCUGCAUUGAAAAAAGGUUUAAUUUUUCAGACGUUACCUUGCUUUAGAAGAGUUGAUCUCCUGCAAUGUAAAUUAAUAUGUACAGAAGGCUUCUGCAGAGUGUGGUAGGCUAUAGCAGUAGAUAGACUGUGUAAUAUAGUAACCAAGAAUUCCUAGGUUCCUUUCAGGAAGUUUUUAGAAAGACUACAAGUCAUACAGGGAGGUGUGACUAGGGCUGCAUAAACAAAGUGGUUUAACCCCUAAAUGACAGAGAAUUGAGCAGUAAGACUGAAUUUGAUCACAAACUGCUUAAUAAAGCUAAAGUAAUUUUGGUGUGUAUAGUGUCCCUUUAAUUGAUUUUGGGUUGUAGAUGCUGCCUCUUCUGCAAAUGAAAGCCAUGGCAUUUCUGUGGAAAAAGCGCUGUUGACAUUUUGCAAUGCCUAUUGGUGUUGCAUUCAAUUAUUGAACUUAUUUUACAUCCAACAUUUGCAUAUUAUGCUGCUGUGGUUUCAAAGAGAAGCAUUGGAUUUGGCAGGUAAUAGCAAAUGCCCUGUAUAGGCCAUAUCCUCAUUGGUUCUUUAUAAAUAAAAAUAUAUAUAUAUAUAUAUAUAUAUAUAUUAUUUUUUUUUCCCCCUCUCUCCUUUUACUUGGUGUAAGGUAUGUAAAUGAUCUGCCAGGAGUGUCCAUAUAAAGUAUUUCAGAUUACUAGAAAGCUGGAUUUCAUUCUUUGUUGUUUUUUGUUUUUCUGCAGCCCUUAAGAAGACCAGACUCCUCUGAUGAUCGUUAUGUUAUGACCAAGCAUGCAGCAAUUUACCCAACAGAAGAAGAACUGCAAGCCGUCCAAAAAAUUGUAUCUCUCACAGAACGAGCCCUCAAACUUGUAUCUGAUACUAUGGCUGACCAGGACAAGAGUAAGACCAAGGAAAGUGAUGAGAAGAAGGAACCUGUUAAAGAGAGGUAUAUAAUUUUUUUUUUUUUUUUUGCAGCAAAGCUCAACAAUUUUACUCUUCCAUUGCCAUAAUAAAAUGAUAAACCCAUUGGACCUAUAUAAAGUUGCUUGUAACAAGUCCUUACUAGUGUGUAUUCUCCCUUUAUGUGUUUGAAACAUUUUAUAUGUCAGUUAAUAUUCAAAAGUGCCAACAUGCUUGUUUCAUGUUUUAUUUUGGCAAAAACCUGUGAUGGAUAAGUGGAAAAUGUUACCAGAACAGUUUCCUGCAUGUUUAAGAAGAAUAACGAAUACUUAGGCCUGAACUGGAGUUCUGUAUUGCUAUUGGUCUGCAUUGCUAUUGGUCUGCAUUGCUAUUGGUCUGCAUUGCUAUUGGUCUGCAUUGCUAUUGGUCUGAUUAAUAUUCACUUUAAGUCAUGUGGUCAUCGUGCCAGCAAAAUGGUUCUAGAUAUAGUUUUAAAAUGUGCAUCUAGUGUGCUUCCAGUUUUUGGUUCUUCUGCACGAUCAAUCCCCUAUUUAUUGAGAGCUAUACAAUUAUUCCAGGCAGCUGCAUGCACAUCUUCCACAUGACCUAUACACUGUAAACUUGUUUGAGCAGGGUCCUCUUCAACCUAUCGUUCCUGUAACUUUUCUUGUAGUUGUCCUAUUUAUAGUUAAAUCUUCCCUCUCCUAAUAUUGUAAAGCGCUACAGAAUCUGUUGGCACUAUAUAAAUGGUAAUAAUAAAGACUUGCGUGCAAGAUCUACCCUUAUUGUGAAUUCAGGUGUUGGCAGGUUUUUUGGCAAGGUUUACUUUUCCAAACAAAACAUUUUCAUAAUGUGUAUUUAACCUAUUUUCUCAGGGCUUUAAAAGGAGUCUUGCGUGUUGGUGUGCUAGCUAAAGGUUUACUGCUACGUGGUGACCGGAAUGUCAGCUUGGUACUUCUAUGUGCAGAAAAGCCGACUAGAACGCUGCUGACUCGUAUUGCCGAAAAUCUGCCUAAACAACUUGCAGUAAGUAACAUUAACUGGCAUGUGCUUCUGUGCAUCAGUUUUAUCUUUCUUAAGUAGCUACCUCAUUUCAGUUUAACAGUGAAUUUUUAAAAUACAUGUACAAAUGUGCACAUGCAUACUGCUAUAAAACGUGUAUAAGGCAACAACAUAUUCCAUAGUGGAGAAUAUGAAUGAAGUAUCCAUACAGCCAUGGAUGGUGUAGGGUUAUGUUGUGUUAACUUGCCACUAGAAGUAGAUUGUUUUUAUUUGUUUUGGUUCCUCCUCUUAGAUAAAAAUUGGAAGCACUUCAGAAUGGGGUUUUUGCCUCCUUUUGGAUCAACAGCAAAAACAUAUGUGAGGAAGGCUGAACUUGGACACAAGUUUUUUUUUUUCCAGCUAUGUAACUAAUUGUACCUCAUAGGUUGUCUUUGUUUUUUUGUUUUUUUACUCCUUGGAUAAGCUCUAAUUGUACCUCACAGGUGUUUUGUUUUAGGUGUUUUUUUUUUUGGAAUCUGAUAUUUUUACUUAAUGUUUUUGAUUUUUUUUUUUUUAUGUUGUUUUUUUAUGAUGUUGCAUCAGGAAGAAUAAACUUUACCUGCAUGUUUUAUGUAAUCUCUGUAUCCAUUCUAUGGUUUGGCUACAAUACAUCUCCACUGAUUGUAUUCUAAAGAUAUGUUAUAAAACAGACUGCACUGGAAUAUGUUUAAAUUUUUACACCGUUAAAGCCUAGCUAUACAUUAGGUAAAAUAGAGUGUGUCUUGUGUUGGGCUCAUUUUUUUGUUCAAUUUGGAAAAUGAGGACAGACGCUCGAGGUGCUAGGGGAGCUAAAGGUAUGUUGCCUCUUAGUACCUUUUCUUUCUUUCUUUCUUUCUAUUUUUUUUUUUUUUUUUCUUGGCAUCCAUUUAGGGGGUCUUUGCAAAGUCAAUGCUACUCUAAUACCCAUCUGUUGUUGUUUUUUUUUUUUAACAUAUGUGGGCAUUAGACCACUUGGCCUAUAAAUAGAAAGAAAAUUGGAUUUUUUAGAAACUGCAUUAAAGAAACUCAAAUUAAAAUACAGAACUCCUAUAUUCAGCCAUUUUAGAUACUUAUCUGAAACUGUUAUUUUAUACUGUACUUGGAAGUAACCAACUGUCUCAUGCAAGUGGUGGUUUGUUAAGAUCCGUCAUUUAUUUUUCCUUAUCUAGCAAGUUUUCCCAUCUGUGGACAAUGUAUUGGCAAGUAGACAAAUAUUAUCACAGUGUGAUAUUUGGACUAAAAAUAAAUAUAUGUGUUUCUGGAGGUUUGCUACAGAUUGCGGUUUGCCUGUGCUGCCUUUGUUUGUUCAUUUUUAUAUAGGUUCUCUUUGGCUCUUAAGUAAAACUUAUUUUUGUUUUGUUACUGCACCUUAUUUCUGUAUAAACUGAUAGUUAUGUCUCAUGUGUUGUACAAUUAUUUGAAAUAAUUGUUUUCUACCUUGUUUUUACCUGUUAUGUUUACAACCAUUUUUUGGUGCAUUCUCAUAUAUUAUUUUUAUCUGCACUAUGCAUGUGCACACAAUUUAAACCUUAGAUGAUUGUCUAUUAUAUUCAAUCUGUAUUCUGGUUAUACACAUGAAAAAUGCUGUACUAUUUUUCCUCUGAAGAUUGUUCGUAUAGUUGACCAUUUCUUUAUUAAUAAUUUUCUUCUGCAGUUAAUAAGCUCUGAAAAGUAUGAAGUCACUUGCUCUCUUCAGGAAGCAGCGAUUGUACUGAAUUCGUGUGUGGAGCCUAAAAUGCAAGUUACAAUAACCCUUACCUCUCCGGUGAUAAGAGAAGAAAACAUGAGAGAUGGAGGUUGGAAUAAACAGAACAAUGUUAUCUGUAUACUUGUUUGUUUUCAAUGUGUUUUUUCCUUGGAGAUGAUCUAUUCUAAAAAAAGUUUAAAAAAAAUUAAUGCUGGCACAUGCUUUCAUUAGAGAUGCAAACUGGUGAUGGUCAAAUUUCCCUGUAUGCUGCUCUUUAUUUUACAUACGUGCUAAAACCCAGAACUUUGAAACCCCUUUGUUUCUAUUUUAAAUGGUUUUACCAGUCUCUGGAACUCAUUGGUUAAUUUAAUCCAUCCACUUUCAUAAAAGGAUUGCUGCAGUUGAAAGGCUUAAGAGACAGAGAUCUGCCUUUGUUUGUCAACUGGACCAUUGAUCGUAAAAUCAAUAAACCCCUUUUGCAUCUUUGAAAUGAAAUGCUUUUGAUGCCAGCAUUGCCCAGGUCUCUUCUGUAACCCUCUUAAGACUUUCUAGCUUUCAGGCCAAAUACUGCAUGCUCAAUGUCUGCAUAAAGCUGGUUCUGUUGCUCUAUAGGUCAGAUAGAAUGAUGUUUGUUUCCUUAAUUCACCUCUUUGUUAAGAUCCCAAGUUAGAGGAUGAUAAAGUUCCAUUUGGGGUUAGUUAUAUACGUAAGUAGAUUAUGUGUAAACUUCAAUCUGCUGCAAAGCAAAAUCACAAAUGUUGUUCCACCUACUUUGUUUUCACACAUCCACAAUUUGCAAGCAAAUACCAGCCUGUAACUGUGAUUAGAUCAGAGCUGUAGUGAUUAGUCCAUUGCUGAUAACUGUUCUUCUGCAGUGUAUUUGUUUAUGUAUUUUAAGGCCAUUAUCAAAAUAAGCGAACAUCUGUAAGUUUUUGCUUGCAUGCUUAAUGUACAGAAAGGAAACAAAACAUUUGUCUGACCUAGUCUGGAUCUGGUUAUCAAGAGUAGCUGGACUGAGUCACACUACCAUUCUUUAGGGGAUGUGGAUGAUGCAGGGAAAUCUUUUUUGCUUAUGUUCAUAAACUCUGCAAAGCAUCUGAAAAUAUGAAACUGUUUAGAAAGAUUUAGUCUGGAAUCUUCAGUUUCUUUCCAAAUAUGACUCCUCGUUACUUUCUUCACAAAACCUAUUUAAAGAACCCUGAUUUUUUUAUUUUUUUUGUAAUUGCUUAAUCUCAGGAAGGCUGGAGAAAAGUAGCUUGGCUAGGAAAUUUUCUGCAUGCUUUUCUGUCUUACUCAAGGUGUGGUUUUACCUUAGUAGAAUAAUGAAAUUUACCUGUUAACGCACAAAUCUUACAUGGAUAGACUGCGAUUAACAGUCAUUUUAAUAGAAUGUUUAACCCUUGCUGCUGAAAUCUUCUCCAGCAAGUAUGUCUGUAUUUAAGUAUUAUUCUCCAAUCCUUUAUCAAUUUAAAGUUUUUUUUUAUUUAGCAGAGAUUUUGUUCCUACCAGGAAUUACUGCCAAGAAAUCGGAAGGAUUUUUGACCAAGGUCUUUCUAGCUCAGUGUCACACCAGCCAUUGUGUUAAAGGAGGGGGUUUGGUUGCAUAGUCCAGGCAUCUGCUUCCCCUUUUUUUUUUUCAUUUUCUUUUUUUUGUUUGUCCCCUUACCCUAUUUCCUUCUUGAAAUUUAACCAGUGCUCAUGCUAUUUUCUUGCUGGCUACACCUGUAUAACAGACAAAGGUAAUUUUAUCGUCUAGAAGGAAUAUCCAAUUAUGCAAGAAAUAGUGUGGGCACAGUGUUCUUUUCACUCAAGAUUAACUCCUUAGGGCAUUUUAGAAAUCUCAUUUUUUAACCUCUAAGUGGUAUCUUAUUUCUAAAAUGUUCUUGAACUUUUAAGGGGUUGAUCCAAACAAUAUAAUAUGGAUGCAAAAAUCCACAGCAUAUGUUAAGCAAUUUCCCUUGCACUUUUGUGGGAGAGUGAAUUUUGUUGUCUUUGUUCUGAAAUUAUGUAUGUGGAAUAAAGAGGUUUUGUUUUUGGGUUUUGUUUUUUUUUGUGUAUUGUUUGAUUCCCCCCCUUUCCUUUUUUUAUUUAUUUUAAUCCAGUAAAAAGGUUCUCCCUUUUAUGAACUUGUGUGCAUAGGUUUAGGUUGAUUGAGUUCAACUUUGAUCUCUUGCUACUUUUUAGUGGCUAUGAAUACCAAUGCUAACAGUCCUUAAUAUGGAAUUCUCCUAAACAGCUGGGGUGGAUUUCUGCAUCCUCUGUCUUGUGUUCUUUGUGCUGGUGCAUUGUGGCCAACCAUCCUUCCUUCCGUAUUCGCUUUUGCCAAUAUAGUAUGAUAGAAACAAUACUCUUCUUGACUGGUUAAUCCAGAUUGACCCUACUUUUUGCCAAAGGAGCUUGCCACAUUUGGCAUUCAGGAUCCUACCACUAUUAGUUGGUAAAAACUAAUAGCUCACUGUUUUUAUUUUAUUUUUUUCUGUUGACUGCUUGUUUGUCAGCUCAUUUCAAUGUUUGAGCAUAGUAAACUCCAUUUGGUUAAGGGAGAUUAUUUUGGUUUUACUUUUAAAUGGCUUGUGUGACACUGAAGCUAAAUGGGGAAAAAAGUGUCUUGCUCACCUGGUCAAACACCCGUCCCUCACUGCACUUUGCCAAUUCAAUUCAUUUUAGAUGUAACCUCGGGUAUGGUGAAAGACCCACCGGACGUCUUGGACAGGCAAAAAUGCCUUGACGCUCUGGCUGCUCUACGCCACGCUAAGUGGUUCCAGGUUCGCAAUAUCAUUUUACUUUCUUCUUGUAGCCUUAUGAGAGAAUAGCACUAUCAUUGUUAUUUUGUUGUAUAUCUGACACGCUUGUAAGUGGUUAAUGUUACUUUUCAAUUUAAAUGACCAGAAAAUUGUAAACCUGAAAUAUAUUGAUGCUUAGAAUAGCCAUUCUGCUAUUUAAUUGCAUUUUAGAUCCUUAAUUAUUUUUGUUUUUGUUUUUAUUUUUGGUUUGCUUCAUUUUAAUUUUUUUUUUUUUUUCUGGUCAUUGAGUAGUCAUUAAAUACAAAGGCUUACUCAUUUAUCUAGUGUUCCCAUCAUAAACUGUGUUGUGAAUCUGUAAUUCCAUAAGGCUGCAUAGUAUCUUUGCUUAAUAAAUUGAAUACAUGUUAACCGCUUCAUGUUUAGCUUUUAAAGUUUUAUCCUGAUUAAACUGAAGUGUAGGAAGUGAAAGGCAGAAUGAAACUGUUUGGUAUUGUGACUUUGAGCUCUAGCAAAGGCACAUGGGGACCAAACAGAUUCAAGCAGCUUUUCAGUCCCUACCAAUGCCUUUUUAUUUAUUUAUUUAUAUAUUUUUCUUUACUUUGGCUUUUAUAAUAUUCUUUAGAUAAUUUUUUUUAUUUCUUUGUAAAUGUUAAAUGCAGUUUUGCAAGUUAAAUUUACAGGUCGCGAAGCCUAGUUUACUUGUAUUGACUACAUAACUGAUUAACAUACCAUUGUAAAUGGAAGUUCAGCCUGGAUUUCCAAUGAAGUGGUAUUUUAGACAUUUGAAUUAGACUGAUGUAACUAACUUGCUUUAUUGUUGUGCACAUAAGGCUAGAGCCAACGGUCUGCAAUCCUGUGUCAUAAUCAUCCGUAUUCUCCGUGAUCUCUGCCAACGUGUGCCCACAUGGUCAGAUUUUCCCAGCUGGGUAUGUACAAUUUUCUGUGUGGUAAGAAAUGGGGUGUAGUAAAUAAAAUAAGUCAAAGCCUUAAUUUUCCACUUUGGUUUACAGUUGACUAAAAUGUAGCGUUUAGCGCAUCCAAAUCCAAAAUGAAUUUUCUGCAUAUAGGGCUAUGCAGACAACUUAUAGAAACAAAGUGGAAAACAAAGACUCCAUCCACAUGCCGAUGCAGUGAUUUUGAGUCCAAUGUAUUGUUGUCUAAAAGGUCCUGCACCUGCUUUUUGGAUGCUCUCAUGAGCUUUCCGAUCAAGAUCUACCAGAGUGUAAGUCGAGGAGGAGUAGAAGGGAAAUGCUUGAUAACUUCACAUUAACGGGACACUCCACUACCAAAUGCAAAAUUAAAAAGUCACGGUUUAGUAGAUAUACCCAUAUGAAUACUUGCAUGCAUUUAAUUAUGACAUUUUUUUUUAAGUACCGUAUAUACUAGAGUAUAAGUCGAGUUUUUCAGCACAUUUUUUGUGCUGGAAAAACCCCCACUCGACUUAUACUCGAGUCACUGUCUGUAUUAUGGCAAUUUACAUUGCCAUAAUACAGACAAGGACUGCCGGGCUCAUUACAAGCCCGGCGGUCCUGUUUGGGGGCUGGCAGAGAGCUGUAACUUACCUUUCCUGCAGCUCCUGUCAGCUCCCUUCUCUCUCCUCCGGUCCGGUCAGCUCCCACUGUAAAUUUCACAAAAGCCGCGGGGAACGCUUCGCGCGGCCGCGAGACUUAGUGGAGGAGAAAGGAGCUGACCGGAAUGGAGGAGAGAGAAGGGAGCUGACAGGAGCUGCAGGAAAGGUAAGUAACAGCUCUCUGCCAGCCCCUCCCUGGCCAGCUAACUAGCAGGGAGGGGGGACGAAAAUAAAUAUAAAUAAAAAAAUUAAAUAUAAUAAAAAAAUAUUCAUAAUAUAUAAAAUAAUAAUAAAAAUACCCCCCUCCCCCCCACCAAGGCUCUGCAUCACAUACACACACUGCACUCAUGCACUCGCGCACGCACUCAUGCGCACGCACACACUCAUACGCGCGCGAGCUGCACACUGUAAAUAAAUAUUCAAUUAAUAUAAUUUUUGGGGGAUCUAAUUUUAUUUAGAAAUUUACCAGUAGCUUCUGCAUUUCCCACCCUAGUCUUAUACUCGAGUCCAUAAGUUUUCCCAGUUUUGGGGGGUAAAAUUAGGGGUCUCGACUUAUAUUCGGGUCGACUUAUACUUUAGUAUAUACGGUAUAUCUAAAUUCAACUUCCGAAAACUGUAGUUCUCUUGUAUGUUGCUUUUGCAAGCUCUCCCCUUCUAACGCCGCCCAUAUUUUUUUGUGGCUGUCUAAUCACAGAUUUCCCAAUGCAGUUCAAAGAGAAGUCUUUGCAAGGAAGGCAGGUGCUCUGGUCAAUUGCUGCCUCUUGAGUUUAGCUUCACUGGGCUAACCAAACCAGGAAUAUAGUCUGUGUGCUUGUAAGCCAAGGGAGUGUAACCUGCUUAGUUUAUAGAAGUGUCAAUUUCUAUUGAAAUCUGCACUUUUGGCAAGAUGAGAAAAAGACACUCUUCACAUACAAAAGCUGUUCAUCUUGAGUGUCCCUUUAAGAAAAAAAAUACAAAGUAUAGUUUUGACCUUUAUCUAUUUACAGAUGUAAAUUCGUUUUAAAUGCUGUUUUAUUUGGUCAUUUUAUUAAUAUCACGUGUAAACCCCUUUUAAUAACUUGUUGGGUUUCCAGAAGUAUAAAUAAUUUAGUUAGUCUUGGUGGUAGGGUGAUUCAGUGGGAGCUAAAGAUAUGUAAGUGUUUGAACAGGAACUUCAUGAGUGUGCUAACAAAUCAUGUUUUCAUAGGCCAUGGAGUUAUUGGUGGAGAAGGCAAUCAGCAGCUCUUCAGGACCUCAGAGUCCAGGGGAUGCUUUAAGAAGAGUGUUUGAAUGCAUUUCAUCUGGUAUAAUCUUAAAAGGUAUGCUGUGGUUUUUGUUUAUCUAAAAUGGCUUUUAGGCAAAUGUAUUAUUUACAAACAGAAAAACACUUUACACUUGCUGCAGAUUACAGCUCUUUAUAUAUGAACCUUCUGAUAAAAUCAAUUACAUUGUUCACUUGUGGGUGUCAGGUCAAAUUCAAAUACCUCUUAUUUAAAAGACAUACAAGUUGUACUUGUGGAACAAUCGCAAUGAUCUUACUCCAUUCUUACUUUUAGAAAUGUCUUAGAAAUCUCUUCAGUGGGGUUUAAAUUAAGACCUUACUACUGCUUACACUGUGUUAUAGUUGGUUAGUAAUGUGUUUUCAGCUUGAUAAAACGAGCUUGGUAAUUAAAUGCUAGACUUCAGAUCUUUAAAAAAAAAAAAAGUCCUGUUAGGUCUGUAUUAAAGUAUGUAGCAAUAUGCAUAUUGCUAUUGUUCUAUUUAUUUUUAAGGUUAUGAAUAAAAUGGGGUUUUUUUGUUUUGUUUUUUUUAAGGUGGUCCCGGAUUACUUGACCCAUGUGAAAAAGAUCCUUAUGACACUUUGGCCACUAUGACAGAUCAACAACGAGAAGAUAUUACUUCUAGUGCGCAGGUAACUUUUAAUGCUACUUUUUGCUUUCUAGGGUGCUGUUAAUGUGUGUCUAAAGGUACAGGUUUACAAUCUAGAUGUAUGCAUGAAUCCUCAGAAAAGUUUCCUACAGGCACCGGAGCAAGGUUUUUUGGGGGGUUUGUUUGUUUGUUUUGUUUUUUUUUUGUUUUUGUUUUUUGCUAUAUAGGCGAAGAUGCAUUUUGCUGCCCCAAGCUGCAAUUGGGGGAGAGUGGCCGUUGUGGAGAUGAUAUGGGACUGUUGUAAGGGUAUAAAAGUGGAGUUAGAGCUGCACAUGGGCUGAUAACUGCUGUCGGAGGGCUGACGGGGCGGGGAAGCGCAGAAAGAGGGGGCAGCUACUGGAGAGGGAAACAGGAGCUGUGGUGGGGGGUCACAGGGGCUGCUUUAAAAAUAAAAACCUACCUCUGCAGCCUGCAUUCAGUGAAGUCAUCAGAAAGGGGCGUGACUUCCACUGCUCUUCUCCCAGACCCCCCAGCAUUUUGCUGGGGAGUCUGGGAGAAGAGCAGUGGAAGUCAAGCCAGAGGCAGGCGAUUUGGAUUUUUGCGGCCGUCUUAUGGACGCUGGCCAUGCUUCCUAAACACAAGCAAAAAGGCUGAGUUAAGAAUUUGCAAAUACUUAAUUGAAUGUAUGAUGUACUUUAUGCUUCAAUUUGCAUCUGGGAGGUAAUGCUUCCUUCAAGCAAUGACUUGGUGGGAAUUUACAAAACCUCCCUUAGUUACUCCCACUUAUGUUACAUUAAAGGAUCACUAUAGUGUCAGGAAAACAAACCCGUUUUCCUGACACUGUCGUCCUAGGGGGACCCUCACCCUCAGGGUCCCCCUCCCGUGGCGCUAAAACCCCUUCAGCCACUUACCUUCGGCGCUGGUUACCUCUCCUUCCCCCGCAGACGUCGGCUCCCGAGUGGAGCGGAAUGAGCACGCGCGGCAAGAGCCGCGCGCAUUCUAACAGUCCAUAGGAAAGCAUUUCUCAAUGCUUUCCUGUAGACGUUCUGCACGCUGGAUGCGAAUUUCGGAAGACAGCCACUAGAGGUUUCUCUGAAACUAUGUUUACAUGUGAAGGGUUAAAACCUGAGGGACCUGACACCCAGACCACUUCAUUGAGUUGAAGUGGUCUGGGUGACUAUAGUGUCCCUUUAAGUUCACUAGCAGUACUGACUUUUGCAAACACUAUUUCCUUUAUUGAGAUCUCUGAAACUACUUUCAUUAAAGUGACACUGUAGGCACCCAGACCACGUCAGCUAAUUGUAGUGUGGGUGCUGUGACCCUUUUGCACCUAGUGUUGCAAUGUAAAACAUUGCAGUUCCAGAGAACUGCAAUGUUUUAUAUUGCAGCUCUAAGUCUGUCCUCUGUGGCUUGGCUGUCUAACAGACAGUCACUAGAGGGCUUCCGAAAUCCAAAUGGACUUUUGGUACGUGAUCUGACAUUGGACGUCCUCAUGGACCUCCAGCGACAGAUGUUUCCCAUAGGAAAGCGCGAGUGGCAGGUCGGCUGAAGAGGAGCCUGACCCAGCGCCGUGGGACAUUGGCGCUGGAUUCGGGUAAAUGGCUGAAGGAGUUUUUACCCCUUCAGCCCCGUGGUAGGGGGCCACUCCAGGAGCCUAUAAUGCCAGGAAAACAGUUUUGUUUUCCUGGCACUAUAAGAUCCCUUUAACUGUGGAACUAAUUAAAGGGGCUAGUGAUGCUGCAGUCAGAUAGUAUCACAGUGUGGAUUGUCCCCGAUUUUACAUUUUCUGAUUCUGUCUGAAUUUGGCAUAUCUAUUAAAUUGAAAAAUGGCCUUUUCACUUUGUAAAAAUUAAGUAUUCUAUAAGCACCAUGACCACUUCCACGCUAUCAAGUCGUUACGGUGCCUGUAGUCUUUGUCUGCUUCGUUUCACUAUGAAACGUUGUACAUAUGGAGUUAAUUGUCUAUGCUGCCACGGUUGUAACUCUCCCUGCCGUAGUGUCAUAAGGGUAGUCAUCAGCCAGCCUGCAACAAGAGUUCCAGAGGACUAUCAUCAAUUAUGUGUAACUUUUCAUGCACAGCGUGCCAUUUAUUGCCUGAGAGCAUUCAGCUGACAAUCUCAGCCAAUGAUUAGCAACUGAAUCAGCAUCUGCAGAACCUGGAGGUGAAUUGCCAAUGGGUAAAGAGCCUCUGACUCUGUUUACUAAAUUACUAAACCGUUUGACCCAUUAUUGGGAACUGACCAGGAUACUCCUGGCAUUAUAAACAGGGAUGUAUGAUUCUUGUAAAAUUCCUUUUUACAGAUGGAAAACACUCUAAACUCUUUCCUGCUCUGAAUAGUUACACUGCGUUCAAUAAUGUAUGAAAAACAAUAUUGGGGUAAUUUUCUAAAAAUGUAGCAAUUGGUUUAUUUUAUUAAUAUUUUUCCUAAUUUUGUUGUAGAAAUUAAUAAGAAAAUUUGAUUCAGGAAAACUCUCACCCCCAUAACAACUUAAGACCAUUGAAAAGGGAACUGCCACUUCUCUGGAAUUUACACCAUUAAAUAAAACUUUGCAAAUUGUCUAUAACUUGUUGUAGAUUUCUACUUUUUAAUGUUAUUUUUCACACCUUACAAAUACCCAUUUGUUAAAUAUAAGGAACAAGUUAACCUCUCUAUAAAGGGCCACUCCUGACCCCUAAAGCACUCUAGCUUGCUGAAAAGCUUUGUGUGAAGUGUUGGCCAAAGCAAGAAAAGCUUGAAAAUAAUCUGAGCAGCCCCUCCGGACUCCAGAGAAAGGAUCCACUGCUAAAAGUGCAGAUUUUGAUAAAAAUUUGCACUUUUUAAUAUUAAAUUGUUUACACCACCCUGGAUUUUAAGCAGACAACCGAUCAUAUUCCUGGUUGUUUAGCUUAGUGGAGCUAAACUCAAGAGGCUGCAAAAGCUCAGAUCACCUGCCUUGCAAAGACUUCUCAUUGAGCUGCCUGGGAAGUCUGUGAUUGGACCGCCACUAAAAGUCUGGGCGGGGUUAGAAAAGGGUGGGGCUUGCACCUGCAGCAUACAAUUAAAACUUAUGUUUGUUUUUUUAUUGAUGUUAUAGCUACUAAGCAGCAAUUAAUUUUUUUAUUUGGGCAGUGGGUUUUCCAUUUUUAAGUUGUCUUGUCUUCAGGGAUUACAAUGUUUGGCAAUGGUUUAUUCCAAAAGUUGGGGCUCCUGCUACUUGCACUUUAGACUUCUGGUUUCCAUUCAUCUCUGCAAUGCUGUACAAGAAAGCCUGAGCCAUGAAGCCACUGAUGCUUCAUCUGAUACGAUCAGCCCAUCAGUUACUGCCCAUUGAGAAAUAUAUUUUUCAUACCCUUUUCUCCCACUCUGUUCUGUUUAAAAAGCACAAAAACUGUGUUAAUCUUGCUGACAAUUCUGCUCUUGUUGUUCUCCCUCCAUUCUAGUUCGCACUGAGACUGCUUGCGUUCCGACAGAUCCACAAAGUACUCGGCAUGGAUCCACUGUCUCAGAUGAACCAGCGUUUCAACAUACAUAACAACCGCAAGAGAAGGCGAGACAGUGAUGGUGUGGAUAGCUUUGAAGCAGAAGGGAAGAAAGAUAAAAAGGACUAUGAUAACUUCUAAAAUGCACUGAAAUAUAUAGGCUCCUAUAUUCGUGCAGAACUUCCCUGAAAAAUACAUUUCCACAUGUAGGUUGUUUGAUCAGGUCUUUUGUGGGGUAUCUAGUACCAAAACUGCCAUGCUAGCCUGUUACAGUUACACUACUCUAGAUCUUGAUAAAUAACCCAGCUAGAUGUUUAAUUUUUCUUUUUAAAUAUUUGUAUAGAGUUGUUUAUUUUUCUUUCUCCCUAAUAAAUAAAUCUCCAAACACCAUCCUAUCCUUAUUCCGAAGUUUCUUACACAUCUAUUUGUGAUCCUGUACCCCUUAUGUUUGGAUAGGAUAAUUUCCAGUAACAUAUUGGGCUGUAGUGCUCACCUGUUAUUGUAGUGUUUUAUCCAAUACUAACACUUAAUUUUCUGCUCUCAUUUAGGUCACUGAAUUAUUAUUUUUUAAAGGACUAUGAUAAAGGGAAAGCUUCCCUUCUUAAGUUGUUAGUUAAUUUGUAUUCGAUAUUGGCAUGAACAGUUUCUUGUUUUUUUUUUGUUUUUUUUGUUCUGUAUAUUGGAACACCUGCAUAUAAAUACACUCCCAGUGUAUUUUGUUUUGCAAGGCUUAUAACACAGACUGUCCUUAUCCCCAAUUGACUCUACUAUGUUUAAGUGUUUCUGCAAAUGUUGUGACUUUUGUCUCAACAGUAGGUGUAACUAAGGCAGCUUCCUGUCAACUUGUCAUUUAUUUUGUUGUGCUAAAGACUGAUUUAAAAAAAAGUAAUAUAUAACUCUGGUAUGGUCUUUAAAAGAAAUAAUAAUUUGCUACAUAUUGGUUGCAUGGGUUUUUCUCCCUUUUUUUUUUUUGUUUUGUUGUGUAAAAUGAAUUUUAAAGCUUGUGAUAAGUAUUUUUCUCUUUUGCUAAUUAUGUAGCGGCGCUAAUGUGAAUACAUUCAAGUUGUAUGUGGUUUACCACCUGCAUCUUUCUCUGGCCAUACCACUCAUUAUGUAGGAAGGCAUUUCAGUAACCCAGGCUGUCGAUUUGCAAUGAAACCUAUUUAAGACUUUGACCUGAUUUGAGUUAUUAGAGCUGUUGGCAAAAUAUUUAAUGCAGUAGCAAUUCUUGCUUUAGUUGCAUAUAUUGAUAUUUGGCUUACACCAAAAAGUUAAAGUGCACCUAGCUAGAAAAAUCUAGACAUAUUCUGUAAAACACUAAUUUGUAUUAGUAUUUUUAAUUUUGUUUUCCAUUUUAAUUUUGCAUCUUUGGGUUCACGUAAGAAGUGGGCAAAUUAAUAAGUCCAUCAGCGUUUUAAUUUACUAAUAAUGCCCCUCGUGAGUUAAUUCAAAUAAAUUGUCCCUUAUAGACAUUAUGUAUAACAUAGCUAGUUGCUUUUUUCUAAAAAUGCACAUUUAAAUUUGCAUCCCUUUUUUUUUUUUAAUCCAGUUUUUAAACUCCAUGCUGGCUGAUAACUUUUCAAACAUCAUAAAAGCUGUGGUAAUUUUAGCAUGCAUCAUCUAAACUGCAAGUAUGUUAUAUGUAUUUAAGUGAAGCACUUGGUAGACAGAGCAGAAUGUUCCUGUUCACACAUUACAUAUGUAUUUAAAGUAAAUAGAUGUUUUGGGGCACUUUUUUACAAAUGACACUGAAUGUCUUCUCAAUAGGUUUCAUUGUAUGUCCUUAGAGACCUGCCCCCUUCCUUUUGGCAUUCUGCACUUUAAUUACUAGUGCAUUGCUAUCACAUUUCCACACUCUCUCUCCCAUUUAAGACCAUGUCUAAUCACAGCAACAGAGUAUUAAACUGUUAACAUUUUGAUGAUUACUUGGUCUGGCCUACUUUCAUUAACUUAAGACUGAUUAAGACCAUGGUGUAAUGUAGUUUGCAUUAUUUUGUUAAUGUAUGCUCUGGUAUAGAUACCAUUUUGUUGUCACAGCAAUGCAGUGAAAUAAACCUGAAAGUUGACAAUCUAAUACA